UGAUUACCUGCCCGCCCCCAACAACCACCAACGGCAACUUCAACUGCCCGUCCCACCACUACCAGUCCAUGUGUGUGCUGACGUGUGAUGACGGCUACCAGACACGGGGCGACACACAGGUCACGUGUCAGGCUGACAAAACCUGGUCCAGACACGAGCAAUGUCAAGAUGCAUUACCCCCACAAAUAAACUGUUUACCCAUAAUUGAGACCUUCGCUGGUCCAAAACGUAGCCCCACCCCCGUGACAUGGGUCACCCCGUCUGUCAGUGACAACUCCGGUGUCAGUUUGACAGUGUCAAGUGAUGUAGCGUCUGGCAGCAAGUUCUCCGUUGGACGUCACACGGUGACGUUUACAGCCACGGAUGACGCGAGGAACUGGGGAACAUGCAGGAUGGCAGUAAGCGUCAAAAUCAUCUUCUGCCCUGAGUACCUACAACCCAACGAUUCUGAUGUAUCCUGCUCUCAUGGAAACGAGUACGGGUCAGAAUGUGUAACAACAUGUCACCAAGGCUACGAGUUGGCCAACCUGGCAAGUGACAGGCAAGAGUGCCAGGAAAACCGUACCUGGAGCGACGAUGUACCAGUUUGUAUCCCAAGAUCCUGCGACCCUCCUCGACAGAUAGUGCAGGGAAAUUUUACCUGUCCCCUGGGCCACGUCUUCAGGCACGUCUGCCACCUACAGUGUAACCAUGGUUACCAAAUCACCGGACCGGCAAAUAUUACCUGUGGCAUUACGGUCCAAUGGUCACAUCCCGGAAUCUGUUUAGAUGUGAGCGCCCCCUACUUCCCCGCCGGCUGCACUGACCAUAUGAAAGUGGAGGCUGCAAGUCUAGGAGAGCCGACCUACGUCAUCUACCAGCUACCGGAAGUUCAAGACAACUCUGGGAUGGAGGUCACAGUUACAGGCUACCCUGUGUCAGGGUCCAGCUUCAGUCUGGGCACAACGGAAGUCACCGUCACGGCGACUGACCUUGAGGGAAACAGCGACAACUGCAGCUUCAGUGUUCUUGUCGAGUAUGUGUAUUGCGACCCACCAUCUAUUGACCUGUCCGGUAAGAAUUUAAUCCAGUACACCUGCCCCGACCGUCACGUGAUGGGUGCCAGCUGUGGUCUGUCUUGUCAGGACGGGAACCCGGUCUUUGGUGCCAGCUCCAUCAGGUGCCAGAGAGACACGGACGGAAAUCUUACCUGGGCGUGGUCAGGUACUACCAGACCUUACUGUGACGAUGGUAUACCAUAUUCCGGUGCGACGGUGGAGACGGAGUUUACGUACUUCACGAGUUCGUGUGACGCCAAUAACGAGGAGAUUAAACAACUUUUUCUCUCACGUCUCAACAAGAGCGGGCUGAUGAGCGAGUGUGCCGAGUCUGGCUGUAAGCUGUCUGGCAUCCGCGUCACGUGUGGCCCCGUCACUGGCAGGAACAGGGGGAGGAGAGAUGCCACACCCUACAUGUACCAGAUUACUGUGACAAUCGACCUUGGACAAUCAGGUGAGGAAACAGAGCCUUCAGAAACGUUGGACCACUACCAAAACUUGGCCAACUCACUAGACGACAAACUGUAUGCUCUAGAUAACUCUGGGCAGCUUGAGAUUCCAGAGAUAGGAGAGUUCCAGAGUUUGGCCUCUAGUGGCGUCAAGUAUGUCUGUAAUCAACCCGGUACAAAGUUCGUCUACUCAUCGGCUCUCUGCGCUGGGUGUGGUCCUGGCCACAUGUACGACAACACAACCAACAGCUGUAGAGUUUGUCCUAAAGACACAUACCAGGACCAGGACAUUUCCUUCAGCUGUACACCAUGUCCUAACAAUACAGUGACACAAUCUGAGAUGGCCACGUCAGAAGCUCUGUGUUUGGACCUCUGCAGACCUGGCCAGUUUUCCCACAAUGGAAUCCAGUUGUGUGACCCUUGCCCAGUUGGCUCCUACCAAUCCAAAUAUGGGAUGAAGUCAUGUGACCUCUGUCCAUACAGCAUGUCUACCCUUAAUAUGGGCACGAUAAACGUUGAUGAUUGUCUGUUUUUCAACACAAGACUUAGCGAGACCACCUCCCAGGCAGCAAUACAAAUAUUUGACAAAAUUCCAACAUCCUUCACCUUUAUGACCUGGGUCAACUCGGCCUCGACACUUGUGACGUCAUCGUUGACCUUCUCGCUGGGGUCAGACCAGGACAACUCUACUGCAGCAUUUUUAGCACUGGACAAAAUAGUUGUGGCCAUACAUGCCCAAGAAGACGUGGGAGGUGUAAAAGUAAUAAGAAGAUGGAACCACAUAGCCCUAAGCUACAAGUCUGGCAUUGUUUCACUCUACGUUAACGGGUAUUUUACGGAUCAACGUUCAGGUUAUCACGUGACAGAGGUAUCCCAGAAAUCUCUCACUUUUGGCAGUUCACUGGAGAGUGGUGUUAGUGCUGUGGUAGUGAGUGGCCUCCAGCUGACCACCAGCUUCUACACAGAGCUCCAGCUCCGAGAGUUUGCCACUUCCUGUCACAAGAAGGUCAAGACAAAUCUACUGGCCAGAAAACCUUGGGAGUUUCUGUCACUUUCUCCCAGCACGUGCAAUGACGUGAACGUGUGUGAGGGCGAGCCGUGUGGUAAACACGGUACUUGUAUCUCUGGUCUGGACACGCUUCAGUGCUUGUGUCACACGCCGUGGUCCGGGGAUCGGUGCCAGGUGGCUCCAGACUUUUGUGCAGACAACUUGUGUGCUAACGGCGCCACCUGUAUCAACAUGCCUGACGACAACUUGUACAGAUGUCAGUGUGCGCCUGGAUAUUUUGGCACACAGUGCAAUUCAAAACGUGAAAUUAUAGAUGGCAGCUGGGGAAACUGGGCCGAAUGGUCAGAGUGUUCAGUCACAUGCGAGUCAGGAACCAGGUCAAGGACGAGAGAAUGUGACAGUCCUGCUCCCCGAGAUGGCGGAGAGGCAUGCAGAGGUCACAGUCAAGAGUACACAAUUUGCGUCACUUCUUGUACCAAUUGUCUGUGGGGUUCAUGGUCGCCAUGGAAACAAGAAGUGACCUGUGGGAGUGGAUUUGAAAUCAGCGUCCGAAACAAAAUCAAUGCUCGAAAUGGCGGGUUGCAGUGCAGCGGUAAUGCGCAUCUCUAUCGAAUGAUUCAUUUGCCAGAUUGUCCCGUUAACGGUCAGUUCGGCCACUGGUCACCGUGGUCUGAGUGCUCAGCAUCGUGUGGUGGGGGCGUGUCCUCUAGGUCACGUGCAUGUGACAACCCUCCUCCCAAAAAUGGCGGACUGCCGUGUACUCACUCACUGGCCAGGGAGAGCCGGACGUGCAAUGAGCAGACGUGUAGAGUGUGUCCAGUACCAGAGCCAAGAACCAACUGGAAGUCCUGGAACUGUACCGACCUAGACGGCGACAUGACCAGCUGCAACCGUGUGCAAGCCUGGCAUGGCUAUCGUGGAGGACGUCGACAACAUCUUCAUCUGUGGGUUCGCCACCAACUACACCUGGUCACAGCAGACGGUGGUCAACCCGGUGGGAAUUCUGCCAGACUGUACAGACAGGAAAAUCCCCCAGUCGAUCAAGCCGCAGGUUACUGUGACCAUUGGCAUCGACUGUCACGACAGCCCAGCCCCAGUACUCUUUGAGAAGUCGCUGAGUAAUCGAAUAGGUGACUUGGAGUGUAGGAGAGAGAACAAAUGUGGUUACGUCAUCAAGUCUGAGAAAAGGUGUGGCA